AUGGCUAGCCCUGCUGUACUCGCUUUCGAUGCUGAGGGCCGCCCACUGAAGUUUGACACCUGGCUAGAUGACUUGCACCUGUUCCUCCAGCUCACUGCCAAGGAGGACAUCUCGCUGUACAAUCACGCACUAGGCCUCGCUGCUGCCCCUGCUGUUACUGCUGACAGUACUGCCCGCUCCCAGUGGCAGACUCGUGACGCCCACACUCGCUUUGCUAUUCGCAACUCCCUGCCGGUAGAUGAGCGCGAGCACUUUGGCCAGCACAAAACUGCGCAGGCACUGUACACUGCUGUAGUUGCACGCUACUCCUCACCUGCCUCUGCUGCGCUAGGCCGUCUCUCGCUUCCCUACCUGUUCCCAGACCUGUCCGCUUUCGCCACAGUCGCUGACCUCACCACGCACCUCCGCACUAGUGAGGCUCGCUUCCGUGCCGCUAUGCCCGCUGAGUUUCUUGCCACCCACCCCCCCCCGCUCUGGCUCACUCUCUACCACCUUGUCACCCGUCUCCCUGACUCUCUUCGUGCGAUCAGGGACCACUUCCUCGCUCGCUCCCCCACUGAGCUCACCAUAGACCUGCUCGAGAAGGAACUGCUUGCAGCAGAGACUAGCAUAGUCGCUUUAGUACUGAGCAGGUCGGGACUGCGUCCGCUCCAAGCUGGCGCCGCAGCGGCAAGGGCAAAGGGGGCAAGGGAGGUGGAGGUGACGGCGGGGGAGGUGGGGGUGGGGGUGGGGGCGGUGGCGGCGGUGGGGGUGGUGGCGGGGCUGGAGGGGCUAGUGGCAGCGGUGGGGGUGGAGGCGGCAGCAGCGGAGGAGGUGGCCGGGGUGGGGGCGGUGGUUGGGGAGGCGGUGGACGCGGAGGCGGCAGGGGCGGUGGUGGUCGAGGUGGUGGCGGCGGGGGUGGUGGUCGUGGUGGCGCUGGCGGACAGCAGACUCCGUCGCCCCAGGAGCUUCGUGAGUGGUACUCUCAGCACGGGGGGGGGGGGGGGUGGCCUUAGCUGCACGUACGUCAUCCGCACUGGUGACCGCACUGGCCAGACGUGUGGGAGGGCGCACACCACGCAGCGCUGCUUCUCCCGCCUCGACGGCGCUUGGCGCACUCAGUUCCCUACUGCCACUGAGCUGCCCCGCUGGUUUGAUCUGAUCAAGAAGAACAUUGAUGUCUAUGCUCUUGACUUUGAUGCUAUUCUCACUGCCAUGUAUGUGUUGUCUACUAGUGGAGAGGUUGAUCAGUACCGGCGUGUUCCGCCCGACCCGGACAUUCGCACCAGUGAGGCUGCCGCUCUAGGUGCUUGCGUGUCUGCUGCCCCAGGUGCUGGUGAGGCUGCUGCUCUAGGUGCUUACGUGUCUGCUGCCCCAGGUGCUGGUGAGACUGCUGCUCCAGGUGCUAGUGAGUCUGCACCCCCAGGUACUAAGUCCACUGAGGCACUGCACACCUUCACGCUAGACUCAGGAGCUUCUCGCUGUUUCUUUCGUGACCGCACUGCCCUUGAGCAGCUUGCUCGGCCAGUUGCUGUCUCCCUUGCUGACCCCUCUGGGGGUCCGGUCAUUGCGACCUCCUCCACUGUCCUUCCUUGUCCUGCGGUUCCGCCGGGCACACUGUCAGGUCUCCACCUCCCCUCGUUCUCUACGAACUUGGUGGCGGGUUGUGCGUUCCAGGACGGGGGUGUCCACCAGUUCACCCCUGCCUACGAGCGCGUGACACACUGCACAUGUGCUCGGACGGACCGUCACCUGGCUACCUUCACUCGGCAGCCGGGGUCGGACCUGUACACACUGACCACUGAGUCCCCUCAGGUAGCUGCGUCUGCGUCUGCGUCAGGGCAGCUGUCUGUCCCCUGCUCGUGUCGCUCUCUGGCGCACGAGACUGUCCUCUGGCACCACCGCCUUGGUCACCCGUCAGUGCAGCGCCUUCGUGCCAUGCACAAACGGUACCUUGUCUCUGGUCUUCCCCGGGUACUCCCUCCCCUCCCACCCUCGCGUGCUCCUCCCUGUCUUCCUUGUGUCGAGGGGCGGCAGCGCGCCGCUCCUCACUCCUCCUCGUUUCCCCCGACGACUGCUCCCUUGCAGACGCUCCACAUGGACGUGUGGGGCCCAGCCCGCGUCUGUGGACAGGGUCAGGAGAGGUACUUCCUGAUCGUUGUUGACGACUACUCGCGCUACACCACGGUCUUCCCCUUGCGCACCAAGGGUGAGGUCCCUGCUGUUUUGAUCCCUUGGAUCCGCGCUUCACGUCUCCAGCUCAGCGAGCGGUUCCACUUGGACUUUCCUGUCUUGCGUCUGCACUCUGACAGAGGUGGUGAGUUCUCCUCCGACCUCUUGGCAGCCUACUGUGCGGAGCACGGCAUUGAGCAGUCGUUCACGCUUCCGGCCUCUCCACAGCAGAAUGGGGUUGCUGAGCGCCGCAUUGGCUUGGUCAUGGAGGUCGCUCGUACCUCCUUGAUUCAUGCGGCUGCCCCCCACUUUCUGUGGCCGUUUGCGGUCCGAUACGCUGCGCAUCAGCUCAACCUCUGGCCCCGUGUCUCCUUGCCGGAGACCUCACCCACACUGCUGUGGACGGGGGAGGUUGGCGAUGCGUCGCGUUUUCGGGUCUGGGGAUCUCGAGCUUUUGUCCGCGAUACGUCCGCGGACAAGCUCUCCUCCCGCGCUGUUCCUUGUGUCUUCCUUGGCUUUGUCCCGGACGCGUCUGGUUGGCAGUUUUACCACGCCACCUCGCGCCGUGCUGCUGUGGUAGACCCCCUCCCCCCUCAGGGUGCCGCUCCCUCAGGUGUGUCCCAGGUAGACCCGGUUGAGCCUGUCGAGGUAGCUGUCGACUCUCGUCCUGCUAGGGGUGCUGAGCCUGGGGGUGCGGAGCCUGGGGUUGCGGAGUCUGGGGGUGCUGAGCCUAGGGGUGCGGAGCCUGCGGGUGCUGAGUCUGCGGGUGCUGAGCCUGGGAGUGCUACACCUGGAGGAGCUCUCUCCUCAGAGCAGCUGCGUGAGUGGUACUUACAGUACUGCAGCCUCAGGAGGGGUGCUUCUGGAGCUAGGAGCGCUGCUGGAGCUGGUGCUAGUGCUUCCCCUCCUAGGCGGGCGCUGCCCUCUCCCCAGCAGCUCCGAGAGUGGUACGCUCGGCACUGCAGUCUCCGGAGUGGCGCUCCUCGCGUCGCGGACCCUGGUGCUGCUGGUGCUGCUGGAGGUGCUACUGGUGCUGGUGCUGCUGGAGGUGCUGGUGCUGCUGACGCUGCUGUAGGUGCUGCUGGUGCUGGAGCUACUGGAGCUACUGGAGGUGCUGCUGCUGCUGGCGGUGCUGCUGGCGCUGCUGGAGGUGCUGCUGGUGCUGGAGCUACUGGAGCUGCUGGAGGUGCUGCUGCUGCUAGCGGUGCUGCUGGCGCUGCUGGAGGUGCUGCUGGUGCUGGUGCUGCUGGAGGUACUGGUACUACUGACGUUGCUGGAGGUGCUGCUGCUGCUGGAGCUACUGGAGCUGCUAGUCCUGGAGGUGCUCGUACUGGAGGUUCUGGAGCUGCUGGGACUGAGCCUGCUGAGGGGGUUGGAGCUGGAGGUGCUGAGCGGCCGAGGCCGUACUACGUUCCACUCCUUCAGCAGGUUCUUGGUCUCCCGCCCUCUACUGGUCCUUCUCCUCCCCUACUGAGUCCACCGUCUGUCCAGUCGCAGUCACAGUUACAGUCUGCCUCUCCGCUGCCUGCUCCUUCUCCUUACACUGCGCCGUCGGGUAGUCUUACGGAGCGUCGUGAGCCUGAGUCUCGGCCUCCGUCGCCUGAGUCUAGUCCUGCGUCUUCUGAGUCUCGUCCAGAGUCGCCUGUCCACACUGCCCGCACUGGUCGUCGUGCUCCACGUGAGCGUCCUCCUCCUGUCCUAGGCACUCACUACAUGACCCUGCGUCCGUCCACUGCUCCACAGCGCGUCCCUCUGCCGUCUCCUCCUGCGUCCUCUCUUCCUGACGUUGCCGACCCGCCGUCAGACCUUACUCGUGCUGCCAGUCCUACUGUCGCGCGUCUCCUUGCCACUGUUGUCACUGACACUACCUUUGAGUCCUCUGCUGCGUCUGCUCUAGUCGCUGAGCUUGUUGACUUUGCUGCCGCCUGUCGUCUAGACUACGCCGCUAGCCUUGUCGCUGAGUCUGAGUCUGUCUGUCCUCCGUCCGUCGGGGGUGAGUGUGCUCUUGGCACGGACGUCCUUGAGGACAGACAGGAGGAGUUUGAGUGCUUUGCUGCUGCUUUACCUCAUCUCGUGUCCAUGCCGAUUGCCCCUGAGGGAGACCCGGAUGCACCAGACAUCCCGACCCCACGCUCCUACGCAGAGGCGAUGGAGGGUCUCUACUCCUCUCAGUGGCAGACAGCCAUGGACGCAGAGAUGGCUUCCUGGAAGUCCACAGGCACCUACGUUGACGAGGUUCCCCCACCUGGGGCGAACAUCGUCAGUGGCAUGUGGAUUUUCAGGGUGAAGCGGCCGCCGGGUUCUCCGCCUGUCUUCAAGGCGCGUUACGUUGCACGAGGCUUCAGUCAGCGAGAGGGAGUUGACUUCUUCCAGACCUUCUCCCCGACCCCGAAGAUGACCACUCUUCGGGUUCUGCUGCACGUCGCUGCUCAGCGUGACUACGAGCUCCACUGCCUUGACUUCAGCACUGCGUUCCUACAGGGCACCCUGCACGAGGAGAUCUGGCUGCGCCGCCCACCUGGCUUCACUGGGUCGUUCCCUCCUGGUACCCAGUGGAGCCUCCGGCGGCCAGUCUACGGUCUCCGCCAGGCGCCCUGUGAGUGGCACGACACACUGAGGACUACUCUUGCUGCUCUUGGGUUUGCUCCUUCUACUGCUGACCCGUCGCUGUUUCUACGCACCGACACCACUCUGCCGCCGUUCUACGUUCUCGUGUACGUAGACGACUUGGUCUUUGCUACUGCUGACACUGAGGCACUCGCCCACGUGAAGUCGGAGCUGCAGAAGAGACACACGUGCACAGACCUGGGUGAGCUGACAAGCUAUCUUGGCUUGCGGAUCACCCGGGACAGAGCACAGCGCACCAUCACCUUGACUCAGUCACACAUGGUGCAGCAGGUCCUUCAGCGCUUCCGCUUCACGUACUCCUCGCCUCAGCCCACUCCUCUGCCUACCGGUCACUCGCUCUCAGCUCUGCCUUCGGAUGAGUCCGUAGAGCCGAGUGGCCCGUAUCCAGAGCUUGUGGGCUGCCUCAUGUACCUGAUGACCUGCACUCGACCUGACCUAGCCUACCCGCUUAGCAUCCUAGCACGCUAUGUCGCUCCUGGCCGUCACCGGAAGGAGCACAUGGAUGCAGCUAAGAGGGUGUUGCGCUACUUGUGCAGUACGUCGGGCAUGGGGCUUGUGCUUGGAGGACGGCGCGACGUUGUCCUCACUGGACACUCAGACGCUUCUUGGGCUGACGACCAGGCUACUCAGCGGUCGUCUCAGGGUUACACCUUCAGCCUUGGCUCUGGCUCAGUCUCUUGGCGUUCUACACGCUCUUCCUCUGUUCUCAGCUCCAGUUGUGAGGCUGAGAUCUACGCCACAGCCAUGGCUGCCCAGGAGCUUUGUGGCUCACCUACCUGCUGA